AUCUAUCUCACCUCAUCAUCUAUUUACCAGCCUAACAUCCAUUGUAACAUUACCCUAAUUGUUUCGAUUCUCCUUUAUACAAUCAAGAGCCUCUUUCUUCUUCAUAACCAAAAUGGCCCACAAGCGCAAGCGAUCUGUUUCUGAGCUCUGCGCCUCUCCUUCAUCAGUCUCAUCCUUCGACUCUCCUCCUCGACUCGGCAACUCCAUCACCAACCCUUUCGCGAUCAUGGCAUCGACACCAAUUCAUCUUCACAGUCGAACUAUGAAGCGAUUUCGUGAUAACCGACCUUCAGAGGAGACAAUUCAUCAACGUACACUCAAGAUGCUUUACUCGGCGCAGAACCAGCAUCAACACACUGAGCUUCCACCGGAGAACAUACAAGCGCCACCUGAACCUACUCAACCUGAAUCAAACCAACAAUCUCUCCACCGAUUUUGGAAUAUAUCCUCGGCACCUUCCGCUUCGACCACCAACCUAGGCCAAACACAAUUUGCCCCUUCGAACUGCGACGAUUGCGGCGCUGGUCUGACCGGUGGUGAUGACGGAAUGGAGAUCGAUGGCCUUGACAACGAGGAUCACUCGUGCGGUGCCUGUGGCAAACGCGUUUGCUUCAGCUGUUCUGUGAGCAACCUAGGCGAGCAACGACGUUGUCUACAAUGCGCCGGCCGAAACGAUCGGUCUACACGCGCGGCAUGGAAUGGGGUCACUGCAUCAAUGUUUUGAUUGGAUAUUGUAUGGAAUUGGGCAACGGGAAAGGAUUGGCGACACUUUGGGUUUUUAUAACGGCGUUCAACUCAGGCGGCACAGAGGGGAUACCAUUUGCACCAUUGCUUCGAAUAGCAUCAUCGGCAGGUUUUGUGCAACACAUUUACAUAGGUAGUCAGCAUCGCACGUUCUCGUGUAACAUUUUUUGACAAAUAUAUGUCAAAAUGACAUAAUCAGUCAUCUCAAAGC